CCGGAGAAGGAAUGUAUGACAGUGUGCUACAGCCUUCUAGCCAAAGUCAUCCGCUCCACCGCCGCCGUCCGCUGACAUCAUGUCUGAGAAAGAGCUCGGGCAAAAGUGGGACCGCUGCCUCGCAGACUGCGCUGUUAAAUUCGGUACCGGUCUGGGUCUAGGAAUUGUGUUCUCUGUUGUUUUCUUCAAGCGCCGGACGUGGCCCAUUGUGUUUGGGACAGGACUGGGUCUUGGCAUGGCUUAUUCUAACUGCCAGAAUGACUUGAGGUCACAUUAUGUACUGCAGAGUAAAGUUGCUAAGGAGCAGUAGAGUCACACCAGUAAUGGAUUCUGUCAUCUGCCUUGCUUUUCAUAUUCAAAGCCUGACACAACAGACUGGUUGUCUUUCUUUCUCCAUAACAUCCAUCUUCUUGUACAGGACAGUCUGUUUAUUUAAUAAAAUAUAAAAAAGAUGAGCUUUUAAGUUUGCUAAGCUUGAUUUGAAUGUGAUUUAUUUUUUUAAACUUUAUAAAAAAUGUUCCUACAGUAACAUGCAUUCCAAAAAUCAUAGUCUUCUAUUAUAACCCCAGAGAUAGCAGUCAUCUAGCUUCUGACACAGGCCAAGAUGAUAUUUGGCAACCAUGCUAAACUAGUGCACUUUGCUCAAUGCAAAACAUUUGCACAAACCUAAAUUGUGUCCAGAGCAGUGUUGGCAUUGUGGCAGUUCUCCAAUAGUGAAAUUACAAGCAUAUCUUUUUUUUUCUUAUGAUUGCACUAUUGUAAUGUUGGUUUUUACUUAAAGGUAAAAGUACAUAUCGAAAUAAGUUCUCAUGCAUGACCUUGUUUAUAAGCAAGGCUUCAGGGAAUUGAUGCAGGCAUGUUGACUGUAAUGAUUAUAAAACUAUCAUAUUUUGCUUUUGUCAGAUGUAUACACAACAGUACAACAGUUUAGGAAGAUCUUUACAGCUUUUUUCAUCUUGGAAUAAACUUUAAUUUCAAAA